AUUAAUUUAAUCAACUCAUAUAAUAUUUAUUAGUUUGUAGUUUUGUUUAUUAGAUAGUUAUUUGCUGAAAAUUAUUCAAGUAUUUCUCUCGACUGACUAACCUUUUUUGUUGUCAACUAUGGGAAUUUCUAGAUGCUUUUUCGAAAUACUUAAGUCUACUAAUUAUCAUGUUGGUCACUUACCUAGAGAGUUAUUUGCCAACGAAGAACAGCUUCCUGAGCUAUUACCUAUUUUCACAAUUUUGACAAAUAGUAUCACACUAAAAUCAAAUUGUUUGACACCUAAGGAAUUGGCGCUUUACUCUUCCAUAUCUUCGAAACAUGAUCAUUUUUCUUCUUUAGAAAAAGUAUCUAAAGCCAUUGAUCAAUUUUAUGAUGAAAAUACUAAAGAUGCAGUAAUAUGCACUUCCGAUCUAGAAACAUUAGAAGGAAAAAUUUUAAAAUCUGAACAAGAAUUAAAUGAUUUAAAAGCAUAUGGAACAUUAUACGAAAAAAAAAUACAAUUGAUGGAUGAUGAAAUUUCUUUGCUCAAACAAAAAGAAAAUAUGGUCAGCUCAUCUUGUUUUAAAACUGAAAAUAAUUUGGAUGCAGUUAUGAAGAAGCUGUUAUUGCAAUGUAAUUUGAAUCACGAAAGCACUGAAGAGCAAAAAAUACAAGAAAACUAUAUUCCAAUUGACAGCGAAUUUGUAAAAUUUGAUGGAUAUAAGAGUUACUCUACCAUUUAUACCAACAGUGAUGAAAUAGUAAAAUUAUCAAAAAUGGUACAACAGUGGAAAAGUAAGUAUCAUUAUAGCAGAGAUGAAUGUGACCAGCUUGCCACUUUACAACAAAAAUUACAAAUGUACAGCGACACAGUCAAUAGUUUAACUUCUAAGUAUUCAAAUACAACAUAAUGAGAAGA